UGUCCUGUCUGUCUUUCUAUGUUUCUUCAUCCAUUCUUCACUUGUCUUCUUUUUGUCUCAUAAUCUAUUGUCCUUAUAAUGACAAGGCCCAAUGCAGUUAUAUUGUAUUAAUUUGUGGAAACGUCCUUUGUGCUUUUAAAAUCAUAUAAAUGGUGAUAAUCAAUGCAUUUUGAUAUGGGUUUUAAGUUUUAGCAAAAGAUAAGUAAUUUUCCUCUUUCACUCCGCAUUCAAUUUCAUUGAUUAGUUGAAACUUGAAAACUCUGCUACAGCAGUUAACUUAGCUCUAAUUUUAUUUCCUGUGUGCCACAUGUUGAGAGUUAAUGCAGAACCAGGUGAAUCUGACAUGUUUCCAUCCAUGCUGAGAAAUAUUAUUGCACUGUCUCAUAUACAUGGAAAUCGUUGGAUUCUAUUUGUGCUAUGCACAGAUAUUUACUUCAAGUUUAAAAACUGCAUACCUAUGAUUUUAUGAAUCUACACCAUAAUGGGUUUGAAUGCUUUACCUUCAGUUCUUAUUUAUGAAAUUAUUUUCUUUACAUUGUUCAUUAUGUAUGCAUUAGAGGGCAUUAUUGUUUGUCUGUUUAUUUGGUUCACUGUCAUUAAUUGUAUUAAAUCCCAUUUUUUAUUUGUCUUGAGUCUGUUGACAAAAUCAAUAAGAACAAAAAUGUUUAAUCAGAAGAGGUUAAAUAAUAGUAACAAUGUUCUUGCAUUCACCGUCCAUACAUGUAGAUUAAUUGACAUAAUAUAUGCUUGUCAUAUUUGGCCGGCACUGUUACUUCUUAUAAGACUUAAUCAAGAACAUUGCCACCAUUUCUUUUUGGCAUCGUCACAUGAUCUUUAAUCCAUGGCGGAUGACGAUGGUCAUCAUCCUUUGUCAAACAACGUUGUCGUCCUUCUUAUUGCCAUGGGUUCAGCAGCUUUUGUUGUCUCAACCUACCAUGUCAUAACCAUAUGCAUGUUCCACCAACGCAUCACAAACCAAAACCCACCAGAACAGCAGCCUGAUGUGGCGGCUCAAACGCUGAACCUCGACCAAAGCGACGCGUCCUCCUCAAUGGCACACUUGAUUCCAAUACACAAGUAUCACAAGAAGAAGGUUGAAGCAGAUGACGGUGACGACGUUGAUGAUCUUGAAAGCGACACAUGUGCAGUGUGCUUGGGAGAUUUCGAGGAUGGUGAGGAGCUGAGGACGUUGCCGGAGUGCUUGCACUCUUUCCACGUACCGUGCAUUGAUACGUGGCUCCAUUCCCAUUCAAGUUGCCCCAUUUGCCGCGCCAGUGCUACUGCUACCCCUUCUCCGUCACUGAAUGCGCCACAUCACAGCAUAGAUAUGCAACCAGUUGGUGUCCUCUACAAUGGGUUGGUAAGAUGGUGAAGUGCUAAGUUUUAAGGAGACAAACCUUCAAGUGCAAACACAUGUAUAUGCUUGCUAAUGUAAUUUUUUACAUGGUUGGAGCGCCAUUUCUUUGAUUCCAUACUUUCGUAAUAGUGUGCUC